AUGAAGCUCAACCUCUCCCUCACCUUCGUCGCCGCACUCGCCACCGCCUUUGUUGGCGUCGAUGCCGGCGUUCACAAGGCCAAGCUCCAGAAGGUCACCCCUUCCCGCGAGCUCACCCUCGAGGGUCUCGCUGCCCAGGCCGAGAUCCUUCAGCUCAAGUACGGCGGCGGCAACUUCAAGAAGCAGGCUCCCUUCUCUGCCAACCCUGAGCACGACUUCAGCAUCCAGCCCAUCGCCGACACCAAGCAGGCCGCUGCCUGGUACGCCGAGGCCAAGAAGGGCCACGGCGUUCCCCUCACCGACUUCCUCAACGCCCAGUACUUCUGCGACAUUGAGCUCGGAACCCCCGCUCAGCCUUUCAAGGUCAUCCUCGACACCGGUUCCUCCAACCUUUGGGUUCCUUCCACCAAGUGCUCGUCCAUCGCCUGCUUCCUCCACAAGAAGUACGACAGCUCCGCCUCGUCCUCGUACAAGAAGAACGGCACCGAGUUCAAGAUCCAGUACGGCUCCGGCUCCAUGGAGGGUAUUGUGUCCAACGAUGUGCUCAAGAUCGGCGACUUGACCAUCAAGGGUCAGGACUUUGCCGAGGCCACCAGCGAGCCCGGUCUCGCUUUCGCUUUCGGCAAGUUUGACGGUAUCCUCGGUCUCGCUUACGACACCAUCUCGGUCAACGGCAUCGUGCCACCCAUGUACCAGAUGAUCGACCAGGGCCUGCUCGACGCUCCUCAGGUCUCGUUCUACCUCGGCAGCUCCGAGCAGGACGGCGGCGAGGCCGUGUUUGGCGGUAUCGACGAGAGCCACUACAGCGGCAAGAUCCACUGGGCGCCCGUCAAGCGCAAGGGCUACUGGGAGGUUGCGCUCGACAAGCUCGCACUCGGUGACGAGGAGCUUGAGCUUGACAACGGCUCCGCUGCCAUCGACACCGGUACAUCCCUCAUCGCCAUGGCCACCGACACCGCUGAGAUCCUCAACGCCGAGAUCGGCGCUACCAAGUCGUGGAACGGCCAGUACUCGGUCGACUGCGAAAAGGUCAAGGACCUGCCACCCCUGACGUUCUACAUUGACGGCAAGCCGUUCAAGCUCGAGGGCAAGGACUACGUGCUCGAGGUCCAGGGCUCGUGCAUCUCGUCCUUCUCCGGUAUCAACCUCCCCGGUCCCCUCGCCGACAUGUUGAUCGUUGGUGAUGUCUUCCUGAGGAAGUACUACUCGGUGUACGAUCUUGGUAGGAACGCCGUCGGUCUUGCGACUGCCAAGUGA